GCUAUGCAACAAUAAGUUUUCUUUGUUAUUCACCCCUGGCGUCUUGUGUCCCGUUUUCUGUACGCCAUGGUGUUGGAUACUUUCGCUCAAUAAAGCCCAUUGUAUUAAACAGGAUGGAAAAAGAGGACAUUGCUUGCAUAAAGCUCAUAUUUCCUAGCGCAGAACUUUUCACUUGUCACAGUUGCUUAUAGGCCCACAGGUGGGACGCAUUAAACACAUUAUUUCUAUUUGACUGAGAGCUAAAUAGUAUUCGCCCAUUACUGUUGACGUUUAUACUGAACAUUGUUGUUGUCGUUCUUCCGGUUGCUGCCCCGGUUUACUGUUGCUACUGCUGCUGUUGUUGCUGCUACUGAAAAACAAAUUGUUCACGCAACAGGACAUUGCUAUCAACGUUGUAUUGGACACGUGGCCAUGUUUAGGGUCAGAGCUUUCAUCUUCAUCCUGGUAAUCUGUAAGGUGACAUCUGAUGCAUCAUCUGAAUGGCACAUGCAAACGAUCACCUGUCCCACAAAGAUAUCUAAAACAUACAAAGGAUUAUUUGCAAACUGUAGGGGUCUUAACUUGACUACGGUUCCUGACCUAGAAGGUAACAUAACAGCACUAGAUCUCAGUGAGAACCGGAUAAAUCUAACAGGAAGUGACUUUACCAGGUAUUCAUAUCUGGUAUACUUGAAUCUUGAAGGUAAUGGUCUGAAUAGACUUCCAUUCGAUGUGUUCACUGGAUGUGGAAAGCUGAAAUUCUUAAAUUUAAAACACAACAAUCUAAACUACAGCCUCAGCUUAUUUCCUGAAAACGUCUUCACUCCUCUGCACGUCCUAGAGGCACUGGACAUUGGUAAUAAUAAUAAUGCGGCUUUGACAUUUCCCGACAGUGUAGUUAAACCACUAAAACAUCUUAAAACGAUUACAAUAGAUACAACUUCUAAUUUCACGUUUGGAGAGGGUUUUCGAAAUCUUCGCAGUCUUGAAGUUCUGUGUUUGUCAGGGAAUGAAGCGGAUUGUGGAAUUGUAGAACUUUACAAUGAUACGUUCUCGGUGUUCAAUUCAUCCAGUUUGCAGACGCUCGAUCUUUCAUUUUGUAGACAUCUAAGAAAUAUACAUUUAGAUUCUUUUUCACCAUUGCUCAGUUUAAAAGUACUUAACCUGAAGAAAGCACACAACCUAGGCCUAUCUGGAGCCUUAUUAGGAAUGUAUAGUUUACAAAAUAGAACUAUGAAGUCCAUAAAUUUGGAAGCAGUAACGUUUCUUCAAAAAUGGAACUUCCCCACAGAAAGGUGUGUACAAGAUCAAAUACUAACAAAAGACAAAUUGCAAUAUUUGUCUACAAUUUGUCUCUCUAGUCUGAAUUUGGCAAACAAUCACAUCCUCUUCAUUGAUACAGCAUAUACAUCCAACAGAACAGUUUCCAGUUGUCUGAUUUAUCUGUACCUUCGUGGAAACGCCUUUUAUUUACAAUUAAACAUUGUGUCUGUGUAUCACGUUAUUCGACAAAUGAAAUUAAAAUAUAUAGAUGUAUCAUCCAACCAAUGGUGUGGCCAUCCCCCUCCAAAUAAUUACUUUGAUCAUACAUCGUCAAUAACAUUAUUUGUAACAUUGCCUACAACCCUAGAAACAAUUGUUUAUGAUGAAACUAAUUCAUUAGUUGAUCUUAAAACAUACAUUACAGUGGCGUUUAAUGCAAGUAAUAAUCUGAGAAAUCUUUCUAUCAGCUACAAUGAGAACAUGAUACUGGAAGGGUCUGUUACUGGACUGAACAAGCUUACAACACUGAGAAUAGAACACAAUGGAAAUAUGUCACUUUCAGAAUCAUUUUUUGAUAAUUUCCCAAGUCUGAAAAACCUCAACAUGACUGGGGUGCAUCUACCAAAACGGUAUUUCCAAAAAGAGUCGAUUCGGCUAUUUAGAAACCUGACAAAUCUGGAAAACCUCGACCUCUCCUCUAGUAACCUGUUCCAUUUUCCAAAACAGUCGUUUCGUCACAACCGCUUUCUCAAGAACCUCUUACUGUCACACAACAACUUUCAGAGUAUGUUAUUCUCCAUCGAAUGUGUUCCACAUUUGGAGACUUUAGAUUUAUCUUAUAAUCAUAUCAAAACGUUGGAUCGGGGUACCAGAAAUUCGUUGGACAGUCAUACUAAAAGUAAGUCGAAUUUUAUUUUGAAACUAAACAACAAUCAAUUAAGCUGCAUGUGUGAAAAUAUCGAUUUCGUUGUCUGGUUCAAACAGACGGGUUAUAUUUCAAAUCAUAAUGACAUACAAUGCACGAAGAAUAAUAAUAAAGUUGUUAAUUUUGAAGACAUCCAUCUUGAAGCAUUAUGGCACGAAUGUACAGGAAAACCAGCGUUUUACAUCGUGUCGUCCAUGUUUUCAUUGCUGAUCUCUGCAGCUCUGUGUUCCUUUCUUGUAGUGAAGCAUAAGUCUCAGAUUCUUGUGUUUUUCCACAGACUGUUUCGCGGGGUCGCUGGACUCCCAACAAGAGCAGACUUCAGGUAUGAUGUUUUUAUUGGAUACGCUGAUAAAGACAGUGACUUUGCGUGCAUGCAACUGAGAGAGAUCCUGGAGGAUAAAUGUCAUUUUCGAGUUUAUCUCCACGAUCGCGACAGUGAGUUGGGUGGCUUGAGAGCCAUCUCUAUUCUUGAUGGAGUCCGAAACAGCUGGAAGAUGGUCCUGGUUUUGUCACAGAACUUCGUCACUGACGACUGGUCUAUAUACACGAUGCAUGCCGUAGCUCUGUACGCUGCCUCUGGUCGCAUACCAAAAAGGCUGAUCAUUCUCCUGGAUCGAGCGAAUCCGUGCGAGGUUCCAGACACCCUCCUCUGCAUUGUAGACGAAGACACGAUUCUACCAAUCCCACGUCCUAAUGAUGACGGUUCAUGGGACCACUUACGGCGUCUUCUGAAAUGCCCUGUAUAUAAUCCUCACCGUGUUGAUUACAGUGUGAUACUAAUUAAAACACAUCUAAUUACAGAUGCCCUGUAUAUAAUCCUCACCGUGUCGAUUACAGUCAGAGCUUUCAUCUUCAUCCUGGUAAUCUGUAAGGUGUCAUCUGAUGCAUCAUCUAAAGGGCACACGCAAACGAUCAGCUGUCCCACACAGAUAUCUAAAACAUACAAAGGAUUAUUUGCAAACUGUAGGGGUCUUAACUUGACUACGGUUCCUGACCUAGAAGGUAACAUAGCAGCACUAGAUCUCAGUGAGAACCGGAUAAAUCUAACAGGAAGUGACUUUAUGAGGUAUCCAUAUCUGGUGUACUUGAAUCUUGAAGAUAUUGACGACGAAGCUUUAUGGCACGAGUGUACAGGAAAACCAGCGUUUUACAUCGUGUCGUCCAUGUUUGCAUUGCUCAUCUCUGCAGCUCUGUGCUCCUUUCUUAUAGUGAAGCAUAAGACUCAGAUUGUUGUGUUUUUCCACAGACUGUUUCACGGGGUCGCUGGACUCCCAAGAAGAGAAGACUUCAGGUAUGAUGUUUUUAUUGGAUACGCUGAUAAAGACUGUGACUUUGCGUGCAUGCAACUGAGAGAGAUCCUGGAGGACAGGUUUCAUUAUCGAGUUUAUCUCCAUGAUCGUGACAGUGAGUUGGGCGGCUUGAGAGCCAUCUCCAUUCUAGAAGGAGUCCACAACAGCUGGAAGAUGGUCCUCGUUUUGUCACAGAACUUCGUCACUGACGAAUGGUCUAGAUAUACGAUGCAUGCCGUAGCUUUGUACGCUGCCUCCGACCUCAUACCAAAGAGGCUGAUCAUUCUCCUGGACCAAGAGAAUCCGUGCGAUGUUCCAGACACCCUCCUGUGCAUUGCAGAUGAAGACACGAUUCUGCCAAUCCCACGUCUCAAUGAUGACGAUUCGUGGGAACACUUAAAGCGUCUUCUGAAGGGGAGGCCUCCCGAAUCCCCCGGCUCGGGCACGCCUUUGGUGUGCGAAAGCUGCCUCCAGUUGCACACGAGUUGUCGGCCGUGGGACCACCUGGUUAAGCCGUCUCUGGAUUUCAUCCCACAGGUGUUCAAUCGGGUUCAAAUCAGGGCUGAGAGCCGGCCACGGCAUGGUUCUGAUGUUGUGCUGACGCAGGAAGUCUAUGGUGAUCCUGGCCGUGUGGGGGCGAGCAUUAUCCUGCUGGAACACGUGGUUAUGGUGACGCGUGAAGAAGGGCACUAUUCGUGUCUGACGGUGGCGGGCGGUGAGGACAGGUCCUCGAGCGGGACGUCGGCAAAACAGGUUGUUGGCGGCCAGUCGACGUCGUACCGUGUCGUCACUGAUGGGUCGCUGUCCAGUGCCAAUGGUCGCGCGAGCUGUCAUGCUGGCCGUUCUGAAGCGAUCAUGGAGGUGCUGCCGGUUGAUGUAGCGGUCCUGCCUGGGUGUGGUCACCCGGGGGCGCCCGCUGCGGUGACUGUCUGCAGUGCUGUCAUAGCUUUCAUCUUCAUCCUGGUAAUCUGUAAGGUGACAUCUGAUGCAACACCUGAAGGGCACACGCAAACGAUCACCUGCCCCACAAAGAUAUCCAAAACAUACAAGGGAUUAUUUGCAAACUGUAGGGGUCUGAACCUGACGACGGUUCCUGUCCUAGAAGGUAACAUAACAGCACUAGAUCUCAGUGAGAACCAGAUAAAUCUAACAGGAAAUGACUUUAUCAGGUAUCCAUAUCUGGUGUAUUUGGAUCUUGAAGGUAAUGGUCUGAAUAGACUUCCACUCAAAGUGUUCACUGGAUGUGGAAAGCUGAAAUUCUUAAAUUUAAAACACAACAAUCUAAACUACAGCCUCAGCUCAUUUCCUGAAAACGUCUUCACUCCUCUGCUCGUCCUAGAGUCACUGGACAUUGGUAAUAAUAAUAAUGCGGCUUUGUCAUUUCUCGACAGUGUGGUUAAAUCACUAACAAAUCUUAAAAAUCUUACAAUAGAUACAACUUCUAAGUUCACAUUUGGAGAGGGUUUCCGAAAUCUUCGCAGUCUUGAAGUUCUGAGUUUGUCAGGGAAUGAAGCAGAUUGUGGAAUUGUAGAACUUUACAAUGAUACUUUCUCGGUGUUCAAUUCAUCCAGCUUGCAGACGCUCGAUCUUUCAUUUUGUAGACAUCUAAAAAAUAUACAUUUAGAUUCUUUUUCACCAUUGCUCAGUUUGAAAGUACUUAACCUGAAGAAAGCACACAACCUAGGCCUGUCUGGAGCCUUAUUAGGAAUGUAUGGUUUACAAAAUAGAAAUAUGAAGUCCAUAAAUUUAGAAGCAGUAACGUUUCUUCAAAAAUGGAACUUCACCACAGAAAGGUGUGUACAAGAUCAAAUACUAACAAAAGACAAAUUGGGAUAUUUGUCUAGAAUUUGUCUCUCUAGUCUGAAUUUGGCAAACAAUCACAUCCUCUUUAUUGAUAUCAAAUAUACACAAAAAAGCACGAUUUCCAGUUGUUUGGUCUAUUUGUACCUUCGUGGAAAUGCCUUUGAUUUACAAUUCGACAUUGUGUCUCUGCAUCACAUUAUUCCAAAAAUAAAAUUAAAAUAUAUAGAUGUAUCAUCCAACCAAUGGUGGGGCCAUUCACCUCAAAAUAAUGACUUUGACCAUACAUGGCCAGGAACAGUUUAUGUAACAUUACCUACAACGCUACAAACAUUUAUUUAUGAUGGAACCAAUUCGGCAGUUCACCUUACAAAUCGGAUUACGGUGGUGUUUAAUGAAAGUAAUAAUCUGAUAAAUCUUUCUAUCAGCUACAAUGACAACAUGAUACUGGAAGGGUCUGUUACUGGACUGAACAAGCUUACAACACUGAGAAUAGAACACAAUGGAAAUAUGUCACUUUCAGAAUCAAUUUUUGAUAAUUUCCCAAGUCUGAAAAACCUCUACAUGACUGGGGUGCGUCUUCCAAAACAGUAUUUCCAAAACGAGUCGAUUCGGCUAUUUAGAAACCUGACAAAGCUGAAAAACCUCGAUCUCUCCUCUAGCGACCUGUUCCAUUUACCAAAACACUCGUUUCGUCACAAUCGCUUUCUCAAGAAUCUCUUGCUGUCACACAACAACUUUCACAGUAUUAUAUUCUCCAUCGAAGAUGUUCCACAUUUAGAGACUUUAGAUUUGUCUUAUAAUAAUAUCAAAACGUUGGAUCAGGAUACCAGAAAUUCGUUGGACAGUCAUGGUAUAAAUAAAUCAAAUUUUAUUUUAAAACUGCACAACAAUCAAUUAAGCUGCAGGUGUCAAAAUAUCGACUUCGUGUUGUGGUUCAAACAAAGCGAUUAUAUUUUAAAUUCAAGUUAUGUACAAUGCACGUACGAAAAUAAUACAUUGGUUAUUUUCAAAGAUAUUGACGACGAAGCAUUAUGGCACGAGUGUACGGGAAAACCAGCGUUUUACAUCGUGUCGUCCAUGUUUGCAUUUCUCAUCUCUGCAGCUCUGUUUUCCUUUCUUGUAGUGAAGCAUAAGACUCAGAUUGUUGUGUUUUUCCACAGACUGUUUCGCGGGGUCGCUGGACUCCCAAGAAGAGAAGAUUUCAUGUAUGAUGUUUUUAUUGGAUACGCUGAUAACGACUGUGACUUUGCGUGCAUGCAACUGAGAGAGAUCCUGGAGGACAGGUUUCAUUAUCGAGUUUAUAUCCACGAUCGCGACAGUGAGUUGGGCGGCUUGAGAGCCAUCUCCAUUCUAGAUGGUGUCCACAACAGCUGGAAGAUGGUCCUCGUUUUGUCACAGAACUUCGUCACUGACGAAUGGUCUAUAUACACGAUGCAUGCCGUAGCUCUGUAUGCCGCUUCCGGCCUCAUACCAAAGAGGCUGAUCAUUCUCCUGGACCGAGAGAAUCCGUGCGAGGUUCCAGACACCCUCCUGUGCAUUGCAGAUGAAGACACGAUCCUGCCAAUCCCACGUCCUAAUGAUAACGAUUCGUGGGAACACUUAAAGCGUCUUCUGAAGUGAUUUUCAUGAACUUCAGUUCCCCCAAGUCUUUGGGGACAAGGUGUAAUGCAAUGGUAGGACACUCGAGUGGGAUCAUACGAGUCUAGGGACAGAUUUAAUUUUUAAACUACUUUCUACCAGAUUAGUAUCAAAGAUAGUGGUGAGUGUUGUCUUGUAUGUUAGAAAGUGUACUUAAAUCAUCUAUUUUUGCUACCUGGUUUGAGUAACCUAUAUGAGAAGUUUAUCAAAAUUAUCUAUUGUUGCUAACUGGUUUGAUUAACCCAUGUGAGCCAGUGUAUCUAAAUUAUCUAUUUUUCUGUCUGGUGUGAGUAUCCUGCCAGCAUGUGUUUCGAAAUAAUCUAUUGUUGCUAUCUGGUGCGAAUAUCCUAUAUACCGACAGCACACGUGUUCCCUCGUUAUAUGGAAUAAGUGCUACAAUAACCUUACAUUUGAAUCUAUUAACCAUUGAUAAAAAUCAAUCUAAUUAAAAUUAGCUCCACUAUUACAUGUGGAUCUAAAGACAGCCAGUUGGAGCUC